UCCUUCUUUAAUUCAUCACUUCAAUUCAAUGUGCCUAUAUAUGUAUGUAGAUCAUUCUUUACGGUAUCAUUUUGUUUCAGUGUAGUGUUUCGAUCUGUAACAUAGGAACACAAUCAUCUUCAAGUAUUCAUUUGGAAACACGAUUCAAUUGCAUCCAGAUUAUUUGGAAAACAUAGACAAUGUCGGAGGAAAAAUAUGAUGUAUGCAUUUCCGGCAUGUCGGGUCGAUUUCCCGAAUGCGAUGAUGUGAACACUUAUAAGAAAAUGUUAUACAACCAAGAAAGUCCAAUCACAUUUGAUAAUCGUAAAUGGCCAACGUCGUACAAAUAUAAAUUCGGCGAAACAAUACCUAAUGGAGUCGGUAAAUACACACAGAAUCAUCGAUUUGACGCCAGAGUAUUCGCGGUAAACAGAAUUCUGGCCGAAUGUACUGAUGUAAUUAACAGAAAAGUUUUGGAACCUUCAUUUGAAGCUAUUUUCGAUGCUGGAAUCAAUCCAACAUCUUUGUUGGGAGCCAAUGUAGGAUGUUACAUGGCUUGUGGUAUUAAUGAAGCUGACAGUAUAAAAUUUUUUGGUGGUCAAAAGGGUACAAUGUAUUUGAUGGGAAAUGCCAAAUCAAUGGAAUCUAAUCGGAUAUCAUUCGCUCUCAAUUUAACAGGACCAAGUGUCACAUUCCAUGGCUGCGUUUUAGGAGGCUUGGAGGCUCUGAGUACAGCUUAUCAUAACAUAGCAGUAGGUCGUAUCGAUGCCGCCAUCGUAGGUGUUGCAUCAUCCGUAAUUGAUCCCAAAAUAUCAGUGAAUUUUUUUAAAAUGGGAUAUCUAAGUCCGGAUUCGAUUUGCAGAGCAUUCAGUCAAGAUGCAAACGGAUAUGUUAGAAGCGAAGCAGCGGUUUGUUUUUAUUUACAACGAGCUCAAGAUGCAAAAAGAAACUACGCCAAAGUCCUAUUUUCCGAAUGCAUUUAUUUUGGUAGUAACCCGAACACCUUCCUAGGAUAUGGCGAAGAUGUGAUAGAAAAUACAUUGCAGGAAAUGUACUCCCGGUAUCCGGAUAUUAAACCGUCUGAUGUAUCUUACGUGGAAAUGGAUGCUUGUGGAAUUACAAACUUGGAAAAAAUCGAAUGCAAUGUUAUAUCCAAAUUGUUUUGCGAAGAAAGAGACUCUCCACUUUUAGUAGGUUCGGUGAAAAGUCACACUGGUCACACAGAAGCUUCCGCUGGGUACAUAUCCUUGAUGAAAGCAUUAUUCGCGCUCGAUAGCGGAAGUAUUGCUCCGAAUAUGCACUAUACCGAACCAAAUUCAGCAUUAAAGCCUUUAAAUGAUAAUAAACUCAAGGUCGUUACAGAAACAACGGGAUUGCCAGGCUCUGUAGUAGCUGUAAACAGUCUGGGCCUUUCUGGCUUGGUUGGACACAUAGUUCUUGAACAAAAUCCAAAAACCAAAAUCGACAAUGCUGAUGAUGAUAAAUUACCUCGCUUGAUUGUAUUAUGUGGUCGUGUUGAAAAUGAUCUCAAGCAAGUUAUUGAAACGAUUGAAAAAAUGCCUCUUGAUACCAAUAUGAUAGCCUUGAUAAAUGAUAUCUUCAAAAUUCCAAUACCAAGCCACAUGUAUCGUGCCUACUCUGUUUUACCAGCUGGAUCAAAUCCAACUAACGAUGUCCAGGUUGUAGAGGGUGAAAAUCGUCCAAUAUGGUUCUUAUUCUCUGGUAUGGGUUCACAAUGGAAUGGUAUGGGGAACGGUUUACUAGACAUACCAAGUUUUGCAAAUGCCAUUGAAAGAUGUGAUAAAGUUUUGAAACCUAAGGGUGUUGACAUAUACAACAUUCUAACAUCCGAUGACCCAGCUCUGUUUGACGAUAUUGUAAAUGCUUUUGUAGGAAUUAUUGCUGUGCAGGUAGCCUUGGUUGAAGUACUGAAUACUAUUGGUAUUAAACCAGAUGGUAUUAUAGGACACUCCUUAGGUGAAAAUGGAUGUGCCUAUGCAGACGGUUGUUUAACACUAGAACAAUCUGUACUGGCAUCUUAUGCCAGAGGUGUAGCAUCAAAGGAGGUGACAACAAUCAAGGGGAUGAUGGCUGCAAUAGGAAAGGGAUACAAACAAAUUGCCGAUUCUUUGCCCGAUGAAAUUGAAGUAGCUUGCCACAAUUCAAAAGAUAGCUGUACUCUAACUGGGCCAGCUGAUUCAGUUGCUGAAUUUGUUAAAGAGCUCCAAGAAGAAAAAGUAUUUGCAAAAACAGUCAAUGUAGCCAACAUUGCUUAUCACUCAAAACACAUAGCUCCAGCAGGUCCUGGACUGUUGAGACGAUUAAAAGAGGUGAUUCCUGAACCAAAAGAACGAUCGUCCAAAUGGAUAAGCACCUCAGUUCCAGAACACAACUGGGAUUCACCUCUAGCCAAUUAUUGUUCGGCGGAAUACUUGACCAAUAAUUUACUCAAUGCUGUGUUGUUUGAAGAAGGUUGUAAAUACAUUCCAGAAAAUGCUGUUGUUAUUGAAAUAGCACCACAUGGACUACUUCAAGCCAUUUUGAAAAGAUCAUUCAAACCAUCAGUUACCAAUAUCCCAUUGACUCUUAGAUCUCAAAAUUCAAAUGCUGUGAAUUUCUUACUGUCAGCUGUUGGAAAAUUGUUUAUAGCUGGUUGCCAACCAGAUGUGAAUGCUCUUUAUCCAAAAAUAGAAUAUCCUGUUCCCAGAGGUACACCAAAUAUAACAAAUUUCACAACUUGGGAGCAUAUGGAUGAUUGGGGUACCCUUGCACCGCUUGAUGAUGUGCCUCUAUCUCAAGAAUUGUUGAAAAUUCGACUCAAUAAAGGAUCAGAAUGGCGUUAUCUCAGAUCUCACAAAGUAAAAGGCCAAAAUAUCGUCCCACCUUCUGUAUACAUGUAUUUGACAUGGCAUAUGUUAUCAGUCUUGAGAAAUGAGAAACUAGGAACUUUUGAUGUGGUAUUUGAAGACAUCAAAGUGCAUAAAAACUUAUAUGUCACAAUAGACAAGCAUCGAGCUUUGACCAUUCUAAUUCAGACCGGUUCAGGUAAUUUUGAAGUGCUGCUUGAAAAUGAAAAGGAUCCUGAUAACUGUAAAGUAGUCAUGACUGGUAUAAUACAGACACCUUAUGAGAAACCAAAACUCAAAAUAAAUGACAUUACUCAGAAAAUGAAAGUGAAAAUUAAUCAACGAGAGUUCUACAAAAACCUGGAAAACAUCGGCUACCAAUUGGAAGACGAAUUUGUGAAUGUCAAAGAAUUGUCUAUCAAUGAAACUGAUUGGUUGGGUAAAAUUACAUGGAAUGGAAAUUGGGUCAUAUUCCUGGAUUCUAUAAUGAAGAUUCAUCUGUAUUCCCAGAAUGAUCAGAAAAAAGAAACUGCAUCUCCAUAUCGUAUCAGAAAGUUAUUCAUCUCCGCUUCAGAGUUCACUGCUCUGACACCAGGAGAUGAACUAUGUUUUCAUAGAGACCUUGUAACAAAUCGAAUGCUGUGUGGAGGCUUAGAACUGUGUGAUUUUGUUAGUUCCCCAUUGCCUCUAGAUUUUCCAGGAGUUGAUGAAGUUCAGAAUGAAUUGCAGCAGAUGCAAUUCAUACCACAUGCCAACCCUGGUCUAAAAGAUGUCAAUGAAUUCUUAAACCUUUGCCUGCAAAUCGCAGUUGAAAGGUUAUCAACUGAUAUCCAAGAUUCCAAUAUAAGUUUAUCCAUCAUUGAUACUCUAGGCACAGUAGCACCAGCAAUCAAGAAAAUAUUGAAAACCUUCAAUUAUAAACCCAAAAUUAUGUAUCAGACAAUUAGAGAUGUUGCAGCAAAAAAUUCAUCAGAUAAUUUUUACAUCAUAACAACAGAUAGUUCAGAAAAUGCUGACAACAUAUGGGAUAAGAUCGGAAACAAGUUGACUAAUUUAUUCUUACUGGUUAUUAAACCACUUAACGAACGCUUGUCAUGGAAAAACAAAAAAUUAUUUGUAGAAAUUACUCGUGAAACAUUCAAUGAUAUAGACAUUUACUUUUAUAAAAAAGUGCCAGAACCCAGUGAAUAUCCCACUGCCGUAAUUAUGGCCGAUGACUCUUGGAUGACCAAAUAUUCUGCAGAAUUGAAAACUAAAAAACACGAGCCUUUUGUUAUUUUAAGGAAUAAUGUAGAAACAACUGAUCAAUCUCUCAUUCUAUCUAGAAGAAAGCCAUACAGAAAUACUCAAUUUUUAUACAUCUUGGACAAUUCUGCUCCAACAUUUGCAAUUGAUAACCCUAUCUAUCAAAACCAAAUUGCUAAAGAUUUACCAGUGUUGAUUUUCAAAGAUGGUCAGUGGGGAACUUACAGGAAUUUGAAAUGUGAAGAUAAUGACAAUGUUUUCAAAGAGUUUGACUUAGUGAGUCCACAAGAUUUACAUCUUCAAGCUGUUGACACUAUGUACUUGAACUAUGACUAUCAAGAUAUUUCUACUGAUGAAAAAUCUCAAAUUAGGGAAUAUGAGUAUGGUCUCGAGUUUUCGGGAAUUUCAGAAUCUGGAAAACGUGUCAUGGGACUAGGUUAUUAUAAUCCUUUGGAGUCGCUUCAAAAUCCUGAUCCUCUAUUAACAUGGGAGGUACCAAAAUCUUGGAGCCUUGAAGAUGCUGUUACAGUUCCAUUACUUUACUCCCAGGCUUACUAUUGCAUAGUUCUCACACCACCUUAUAAAGAAGAUCAGGUUGUUUUUGUCAACUCAAACUUACCUUUUGCUGAAGCUUGUAUUGUAGUUUCACUACAACGAAAUUAUGAAAUUUAUGUGACUGUGGCCGAUGAUAGCGAAGCAGAAAUAUUGAAGAAAAAAUUUCCAAACUUGAAUGAAAAGUACAUAAUUCUGAGAACGGAUGGAAAAUAUGAUAUACAAUUGAAGCUUCGUACAAAAGGAAGUGGUGCAACUAUCGUGAUAAACAGUAUGAAUGGAAUGAAACAUACGAAUUCCUGUUUAGAGUGCAUUUCUAAUUUAUCCUGCUAUAUCGACAUAGUAGAUAACUACUAUCCCGAAGAUACUGAAUUAGGUUUAUACACAUUUUUAAAAUCGGUUGCAUUCAAUAUGUUGCCGAAUAAAAUAUCUUCUUUGAUACAACUACCUAGUGAACUGAAGAAAGCAAUACACGAUUACAUAAAAAAAAGCAUAAAUAAGGGGUUGAUUCAACCCUUGUCGAGAAUUGUGAUAAACAACAAUGCAUCGGAUGAUUACUCGAGAGACGAUCUGGUUCUCAGCAAGAAAAAAAUUUACAAAUGUAAUAGUAAAGCAGAUAUAGAAAAUGAUAACUCGAAUAAUUUAAAAAUGAAGUUCAAAAUCGAUAGCACAAGAUCAUAUCUUAUUAUUGGCGGUGGUAAAAAAAGCAACCCAUGGUUUGAACUGUUGGAAUGGUUAAUCAGUAGAGGUGCCAAGAAAUUCAUUGUAGCACUCGAUAACUUUUCACUUGGCACAAAAAUUUCUCAUCAAAUCAACCGUUGGCUUACUCAGAAAAAAACCACCAUUAUUUUGACUUCACUAAAGAAAAUUGGAAGUGUUGAGGAUGCAUCAGGUUUACUUACAGAAGCCAAUAAUAUAGGUCCUUUGGAAGCAGUCUUUGUAAUUGCUCUUGAUCCAGCUAGCACUAUUGCUUAUAAUAUAGACAUGGCGUCGCGUUCUUCGCAACCGUUCCAUUUUGUUUGCAUCUCAAGUGGAGGACUUAAAGAAUGUGAACAGAGGAAAAAAGCAGGAUUGCCGUCGGUUUUAAUCCAUUCGGAAAAACCGAUUAAUGAACUGACCAGUCUCCUGCCCCGAAUUGAAUCGAUUAUAACAAAUACUGCCGUGAUUGAUUCGCCGACAUUAUACGAUAUUGUGGAUAAAUCGAAUAAAAAAGGUCGAUAUUCAUUUUCUUUGCGCCUCAGUCAAUAUUUACCUAACGAUUUAGAAGGAUUGGAAAAUAUUGGAUACCAUGCAACAGACAGUCUUCAAUUUAUUGAAGUUGCAACUUUAUCGAAACCGUACGCUGAAACAAAAGGAGUCUUCCCUCUAUUUAUAAUACCUGGUACCGACGCUGAUCAAUUAAAACCCAUUCUAGAAAAAAUUCACUAUCCGGCAUUCAGCACAACUUUCACCGAACGAUGCGAAUCUCUUACCAAUAUUGCAUCUGAAUUGUGUAAAAAUAUUCAACAAAUACAACCGCAUGGUCCAGUUACAAUAAUUGGCGAAACUUGGAGUGGUCUGAUUGCCAUUGAAGUCGGAUCUUUGCUCCAAAGCUCGAAAAGAGUGGUAGAAGUAUUUUUGAUUGAAGGAAGUCCAGCUACAUGGCAAAAACAUCUAAAAUCGAUCGGCGAAAUCGAUACUCCUCAAUUCGAAAAUAACCUUUUAAGACAAAUCCUAGACUUCGAUCCUACGGUCAACAUGGAAAUAGAAAAUCAAACAAUAUAUCGAACGUGGGAAGAACACCUGAACAAAUACAUGAAUAUUUUGGAUUGUUCGGAAAAAAUGAAGCAGAAUAUAGUGAAAACAUUGAAUGGUGUUCGAAACAGACUUUUGAUGACUGCUAAAUACUCGCCUCAGGGGGAAAUUUUAAGGCAUAUUACCUUAUUCAAACAAAGACCAUCUGAAAGCUUUCUUGAUACGUACUGUUUAUCCGACGAAAUGUAUUUGCUCGAAGAAGAAAAAUUUAAGGAAUUCAUCAAAAUAAGAAAAAUGAGCCACAUUAUCAACGAAAACGCACUAUUCAAUUGGUGGAAAUGAAGUAGAUUUGCGUUGAGCAUAACGAUGAAACUCAACUCAAGCACUUAUUUUGUGUUCAUUAUCUUCAAUAAAUAUUAACGUGGACAGAA